AGGAUUUCAGGUGUAUCAAUGGAGUCUCUCUCAGUGUCAACCAACAGCUUCACUCUGGACCUUUACAAAAAGCUGAACGAAAAUUCCAAAGGACAAAACAUUUUCUUUUCUCCUUGGAGUAUUGCAACUGGUCUUGCUAUGGUCCACCUGGGUGCAAAAGGUGACACCGCAACCAAGACGGCUGAGGUUCUUCAUUUUAACCAGACUUCAAGAGAAGAAGGUUCAUCUGAGACAAGGCCUUCUCCAGGGAGACCAAAGAAAGAUGUGUUAGCAAAAAACAACUACUGCAUUCACACCUCACUCCAGCCCUACCCAGAUCCUGAGCAUGAGCGAGCUGAAAACAUCCACUCUGGCUAACUCUUAUCUGUCAUCAACAAAAGGAGAAGCACCUACUUGCUGAAGAGUGCUAACUGGCUGUAUGAGGAAAAGACCUACCCAUUACUACCGAAGUUCUUACAGCUCAUUACAAGCUAUUACAAUGCCAAGUCACAAGCUGUUAACUUUAAGACAGCUGCAGAACAAGUCAGAGCACAGAUCAGUUCAUGGGUUGAAAAUAAAACUGAGAGGAAAAUACAGAGUCUGCUGCCUGCAGGAUCUCUCCAUUCUCGCACUGUGUUGUUCUUAGUAAAUGCCAUUUAUUUCAAAGGAAAGUGGGAAAAGAAAUUUCUGGAGAAAAAUACUUCUGAGAUGCCCUUCAGAUUAAACAAGACCAAGACUAAACCUGUACAGAUGAUGUUUCUGAGAGAUAAUUUUUUUGUACUCUAUGAAACAACCAUGAAAUUCAGAAUCAUUGAGCUGCCAUAUGUGGAAAAUGAACUCAGCAUGUUCGUGCUCCUCCCAGAUGAUAACACUACUGGUCUAGAGCUGGUGGAAAGAGAGCUGACCUAUGAGAAAUUGGCUGAAUGGACCAAAUCAGCCAAUAUGAUGAAAGCUGAAGUGGAUUUGUACCUGCCCAAGUUGAAGCUGGAAGAGAAUUAUGACCUUAAAUCCCCUUUGAGCAGCAUGGAGAUACAAAAUGCUUUUGACCCAGUUCAGGUUGAUUUCACAGGGAUGUCAGUGAAGAAGGAUCUUUUCAUCUCACAAGUAAUUCACAAAGCUUUUAUGGAGGUCAAUGAAGAAGGUACUGAGGCAGCAGCUGCCACAGGUGUCUUGGUGAUGAGAUCAAAAGCACCAACAAUGACUUUUAAAGCUGACCACCCUUUUAUCUUCUUCAUCAGACACACCAAAUCCCAAACCAUGCUCUUCUUCGGCAGACUCUGCUCACCCUACUGGAGGGAGGCAGAGAUGGAAAAUCACUGGCUGCAAAGGCUCGGAGCGGGGCGGCUCUCAGGCCACGCCGGCGCGGUACGGCCGCCAUUUUGUCGGGCGGGGCCGCGGCACCGCGCUGUCGGCGCGGCCAAGGGGGGAGUGUCGCUGCCGCCGGCUGAAUCCCGGGAGGGGCCGCGCUCCGUUCCCUCUGCUCGGCUCUGCUUCCGGGAAAAGGGAGCGCGGAGGCCGGCGGGGUUUGAAACCAUGGCAAGCCUGUGUGCAGCAAAUACCACUUUUGCCCUGGACCUCUUAAGAAAGCUGUGUGAGAAGAAAAGUGGUCAGAAUCUAUUCUUUUCCCCUUUUAGUAUUUCUUCUGCUUUGUCUAUGAUUUUGCUGGGUUCAAAAGGUAACACCGAAGCCCAGAUAACAAAGGUGCUUUCUCUGAACAAAGCUGAGGAUGCUCACAAUGGGUAUCAAUCCCUUCUCUCUGAAAUUAACGAUCCAAACACCAAAUACAUCCUGAGAACUGCAAACCGGCUUUAUGGGGAAAAGACGUUUGAGUUUCUCUCAUCAUUUCUAGAGUCGAGUCAGAAAUCCUACCACGCUGGACUGGAACCGACUGACUUCAUGAACGCUUGGGAGGAUUCCAGAAAACGAAUCAAUGGCUGGGUAGAGGAAAGGACUGAGGGUAAAAUUCAGAACCUGUUGGCGGAGGGGGUUCUUGAUUCCCUGACCAGACUUGUGUUGGUGAAUGCCAUCUAUUUCAAAGGCAACUGGGAAAAGCAGUUCAACAAAGAGGAAACCGAAGAAAGACCAUUUCAUAUUAACAAGAACGAGACCAAGCCUGUGCAGAUGAUGUUCAAGAAGGAUAGAUUUAACAUGACCUAUAUUGGAGACUUGCAGACCAAAAUCCUUGAGCUGCCCUAUGUUGGUAAUGAACUCAGCAUGAUCAUCCUGCUCCCUGAUGCAAUCCAGGAUGGAUCCACGGGCUUGGAAAGACUGGAAAGAGAACUUACGUAUGAGAAGCUGAUAGAUUGGAUCAAUCCUGAAAUGAUGGACUCUACAGAGGUGAGGGUGUCUUUACCCAGAUUUAAACUGGAAGAAGAUUAUGAUCUGAAACCCAUUCUGAGCUGCAUGGGAAUGCCUGAUGCAUUUGACUCAGGGAAGGCAGACUUCUCGGGAAUGUCAUCUGGCAAUGAGCUGGUGCUCUCUGAAGUGGUUCACAAGUCCUUUGUGGAAGUCAACGAAGAAGGCACUGAAGCAGCUGCUGCCACAGCGGCAAUAAUGAUGAUGCGCUGUGCAAUGAUCGUUCCGGAUUUCACUGCUGAUCAUCCCUUCCUCUUCUUCAUCCGGCACAACAAAUCUUCCAGCAUUUUGUUCUGUGGCAGGUUUUGCUCUCCCUGAAGAGGAGAUGUCUUGGCAGGAUAGGGGUCAUUACACAAUAAAGAUUUCUCUAGAA